AUGCCAACCUCCAAUGGUAAAAGAUAUAUUUUGCUUACACCUUGUAACUUUUCUAACCGCCUAAUUACACCUUGUUUAAUAAGACACACAGUAGAUGGUAUAUAUAAGUAUUUUCAACGUGGUCAAGUAUCUUUUCCAAGCUUUGAGUCAACACCAAAAAAUAGAAAAGUAGCAAAGGACAAAAAGUAUACCACAGAUGAAUUUUUUAUAGAAGAACCAGCAACAGAGUAUGUAGAUGAUAAUAACGAGAGCAACGAACAAGAUAGUUCAGAACCGAUGUCAAAAGGUACGACAGCUACACACUUGAUCAAAUUCAUGAAUGUUCUGCUUUGUGUCUUGCAUCCCCAGUACUAG